AUGAAAACUCACAAUAAGCCAGUGCAACAAGCGGUGAAAACUCACAAUAAGCCAGUGCAACAAGCAGUGAAAACUCACAAUAAGCCAGUGCAACAAGCAGUGAAAACUCACAAUAAGCCAGUGCAACAAGCGGUGAAAACUCACAAUAAGCCAGUGCAACAAGCGGUGAAAACUCACAAUAAGCCAGUGCAACAAGCGGUGAAAACUCACAAUAAGCCAGUGCAACAAGCGGUGAAAACUCACAAUAAGCCAGUGCAACAAGCGGUGAAAACUCACAAUAAGCCAGUGCAACAAGCGGUGAAAACUCACAAUAAGCCAGUGCAACAAGCGGUGAAAACUCACAAUAAGCCAGUGCAACAAGCGGUGAAAACUCACAAUAAGCCAGUGCAACAAGCGGUGAAAACUCACAAUAAGCCAGUGCAACAAGCGGUGAAAACUCACAAUAAGCCAGUGCAACAAGCAGUGAAAACUCACAAUAAGCCAGUGCAACAAGCAGUGAAAACUCACAAUAAGCCAGUGCAACAAGCAGUGAAAACUCACAAUAAGCCAGUGCAACAAGCGGUGAAAACUCACAAUAAGCCAGUGCAACAAGCAGUGAAAAACAAUAAGCAGUGCAAAACUCACAAUAAGCCAGUGUAA